AUGAAUGAAUUUCUCGAUAAAUAUGGAACCGAUACAACCACAAACUUUCAACUUAAGAGAUGGGCGAAUGAGUUAAAUAUAUCACCGUUUUAUUAUUGUAUGAGAGAUGAAAUAAAUGGCCUGAAAUAUAAGAAAGGUUUUAGUUAUGAAGAUCUUAGAGAUGUUGAAAAAGAUGCUUCUGUUACUGAUACUAUUGAUAAAUCAAGAGAUUAUGAAUGUAAAAAUAUGGAUUUACAGCAAAUAUUAGAGAAUAUAAACCAACUUCUUCUAAUGAUUUUCUCUAUGGAAUGUUUGAUGGUAAAAGUUGAUUCAAUAUUCUUCAUACAAAACUCACGUAUGUCUAAGAAAUUUAACGCUCGCAAAGUUCUUCAGUUUAUCAAUGGUACAAAAAAUGUAGAAACUAAAGAAUUAGAAAUUAACGAUGAAAACAGCAAGCCUCGUCACUUAUAUGAAAUUAAAACAAGUGGAAAAUAUAUAGAUAGGUUUAGAAUGUUAAUCAUACCAGAUAAUGAAGAAGAUGAACUUUCAUUGAGUGAUUUUGAUAUGAUAUUGGAAACGGAAACUCCACCAUCAAUGAAUAUUAUUAGAAAUCCAGAACCACAAAAAGAAACAAACACUUAUGAGUUUUUACGAACAUCAGACUUUGAAUACGUAAAACUAUAUUUUGUUAAUAAUGAUAUAUUUACCUCAAAUGAUAUUCAUAAAAGUCAACAAAGUCAAAAAAUUUUUAUAAGAGAUGAUGCAUAUGUUUAUAUAAUAGUUUCUAUUGAAAAACCAAAAUUUUCAGUUCAUCUGAAUAAGAUUAAUGAUUCAAAAGAACAAAUAUCGUUAGUAUCUGUUCAAGUUAUUAUUGAUGAUGGUAAACAAGAAACAGCUUUAUCAGAAAUUCAUUUAAUUUAA